GGCCUUUUGUCAACGACAACCACUCCUCGAUAACACGGGCCAUCGCCGUUUCUAGUGGUAGCACGACAUUCACGAUGGGAAUUUCCAUCAAAGAAUGCAGGAGAUUUUGGCUUACUCCUCAAUUGUACAUCAUGAGAAUUAUCAUCUCUGCCAAUAGAUCCUCAGUCAAUUCAUCGCUCCCGUUAUCAGUUGUCUUGUCGCCAUCUAACAGUAAGAGACCCAAGACUUGCAAGCCUGCCUUCGAGAUGGGAGACAAUCCCCGCAAUAUUGAGACAUCGAUGAAAUUAUAUCAAGUAAAUCAUUAUUAUCAUGCGGUUAUGAUUUCAUUAUCAAGGUAAUUCUUCGUCCCGCCAAGAUCAGACAUAUACGAAGAAUAUGCCAUCGGAUACGCAAACUUGCGGGGCAAGAGAAGAUAAAGAUUGAGAACAGCAACAGGACACUUCCAAAGAUCUUGAUCCGGCGUUUUCGAUAUUACUAUUGCAUUGGAAUGUCACUAUCGAUAAAGAAAGGACAGGCUGUUGGCGACCAAACUUUUCAGAUCAGCUAUUCCAUCGAUUCCUGUUUAUUCUUGCGUCCUGAUACAUCAUCUAGUGGGGUUAACUUGUUCAUUCUCAACAAUUUGAACUCUAGAUUCUUUUGAUUCAAGGCCUUGACCCCAUUUCCCCUCAUUUCUUUGGAUUGAACAGAUCAUGCGAUACUGCAAGUACUCGAAUCUAUUCGUGUAAUCGCUAUAUUACUCGUGAGUCCUCUAACAAUACCGGUUCUCUCAUGCAGCCACAGAUGAGUCUUCGCCGCGGAUGCAUCGGGUGAGUUCAAUAUACCGUAUUCAAAAGAGGGGGGAAGGGGGAGGCGCAGAUUUGAAGACUUUGAAUGUUUUCUCCUCAGCACUUGGCUUUACCAAAACCGAGAGCAUUCGCCUUGCUAUAGUUUUAAAAUCUUCUAUAUAUACACCUCAAAUUUUCUUGAAAAUGUAAAAUCAAAGCUUUAAUAUCCAUCAUCAUUUACUUACGUACCAACACUUAUACCCAUUAUUUUGUUUUGAAAUCAAUUCUCUCAAUAAUACAACAAUGACUUCUCUUCAAACCACAGAGCUUGCUUGCACUUCUGCUCCUGAUCAAGUCCUACAUCUCUUCUUCCAAGAGGGCCAGAACAUCUUGGAAGCGCGAUCUCCAGACGGUGGUGUUGUUUGGGCCACUCAAGACACUAUUAUUUCCACAGAUGGAGAUUACAGUGGUUCUUCGAUGACAUGUUAUUAUGUAGACAAAGACGCGAACUUCGAUAACCAGCCCUCAAUUCAUCUUCUCUACAUUAACAAGGACAAGCAAUUGAUGGAGAAAGUGAAGCGAAUGCAGAAAGAUAAUCCAAUCUGGGAGGACGUCGAGAUGCCGGACGAAGUCAAGAAAGGCCCAGUGCAAUAUUCGAGAUUGGCCAGUGGAGCUUUUAAUCAAAAUACUGGCUGGAAUCCAAAUGGUUCGCAGUGGGCCUACUUUUCAGCUACCAAGGAUGGCAAGAUGGGUAUGGUUGAAAUUCGACGCACUCCAAAGAGCCCAUGGCAUACUGAGACCGUUCUCCCUGAAAAAUGGGGCGAGCAGCUCGCAGGGACCUCCCUAGAUUGCACAAUUUCGAGUGGGAAAAUCAUGAUGUUCUUCCAGCACCAUGACUAUAGUAUCCGUUUGUUUGAGAACAAAGAUAACAGGUGGAAUGAUCGAGGCGUCUACGUCGAGAAAGACAAUGUUCAACCCACAACGCCAAUUGCUUGCACUAUGACUAAGGACGGAAGCGUCCAUCUUUUCUACGUCUCAAAGAGCAACAAGAUUGUUCACUGCACCGAUGGAAAGAAAGAGGAAGAGUUGAUCAAUUUCUUCCCAGGCUCAAAGUUGGGCGCCACAUCAGUUGACAACAAGAUCACCUUGUUCUUCAGGAACUUGAACCCCGUCAAUGAGGUCGGUACAUUGAAGAAUGAAAAUGGCACAUGGGAGAGAGGCAGCACCGUCAUCCGUGCAUGAUUAAUGGUGGGUAAUUAGGAGGAGGCUCUUUCAUAUGUCAAUUUACGGGACUCCCGCUUGGGGAGAAAAGGUGUCAGCUUUCUUUAAACACAAAACCACACUCAAUCACAUCGGGAUGAUAUCUAUGAACAAAUUCACACUCCUUGCAAUUUGGUUCACAAUCAAUCAGCUAUUAGUUACCUUUCUUUUUAAUUCAGUCAUUUGUCGCCCGAAAUAUUGACUUCGUUACCGGCCCUGAGUGUGAAAUCUUCUUGUAAUGGUUCAAACCACGCUAAUCAUAUUCGCCUGUA